GAGAUGACUCUCCUGUCCUCCCAGACACCAUCCUUGGAGACAUCGUCGGCUGCCACUGAGAGCCCAGAACAAAGGAUGCUGGAGAAGAGGUCUAAGGUUAUUGAGGAACUGCUCCAGACAGAGCGGGACUAUAUCCGAGACCUGGAGAUGUGUGUGGAGAGGAUCAUGGUGCCUCUGCAGCAGGCACAGAUGCAGAACAUAGACUUCGAGGGUCUUUUUGGAAACAUCCACAUGGUAAUUAAUUUCUCCAAGCAGCUGCUGUCCACCUUGGAGGCUUCAGAUGCCAUCGGGCCAGUGUUCCUGGCACAGCGUGCAGAGCUGGAGAGCAUCUACAGGGUGUAUUGCCAGAACCAUGAUGAGGCCAUCGCACUGCUGGAGACCUAUGAGAAGGAUGAGAAGAUGCAGAAACUACUCCUGGACCUGCUGGAUAGCCUCAGGAGCCUGUACAGUGAGUGGGGCUGCACAAACUACAUUAACCUGGGCUCCUUCCUCAUCAAGCCAGUGCAAAGGGUGAUGAGGUACCCACUGCUGCUGAUGGAGCUGCUGAGCGCCACCCCCGAGGCUCACCCUGACAAGGCACCACUCACAGCUGCUGUCCUCGCAGUCAAGGAAAUCAACGUCAAUAUCAACGAGUACAAGCGCCGGAAGGACCUGGUGUUAAAGUACCGGAAAGGGGAUGAGGAUAGCCUCAUGGAGAAGAUCUCCAAGCUCAACUUCCACUCUAUCAUCAAGAAAUCCAACCGUGUGAGCAGCCACCUCAAGCAUCUCACAGGCUUUGCACCCCAGCUGAAGGAUGAAGCCUUUGAGGAGACAGAGAAAAAUUUCCGGAUGCAAGAGCGGCUGAUCAAGUCCUUCAUCCGGGACCUUUCCCUCUACCUGCAGCACGUCCGUGAGUCAGCCUGCAUGAAGGCACUGGCAGCAGUGAGCAUGUGGGACCUGUGCAUGGAGAAGGGCAGUGGGGACUUGGACCAGUUCCAGAAAGUGAAUCGGCUUAUCAGCGACCAGCUGUUCUCCAACUUCAAAGAGCGGACGGAGCGGCUGGUGACCUCUCCCCUGAACCAGCUGCUGAGCAUGUUUGCGGGGCCCCACAAGCUGGUGCAGAAACGCUUCGACAAGCUCCUUGACUUCCACAACUGCACAGAGCGAGCAGAGAAGCUGAAGGACAAGCGAACGCUGGAGGAGCUGCAGUCAGCCCGCAACAACUACGAGGCCCUCAAUGCCCAGCUGCUGGACGAGCUGCCCAAGUUCCUGCGCUUCGCCAAGGAGCUGUUUGCCAGCUGCGUGCGGGGCUAUGCCAAGGCGCACUGCGACUUUGUGCACCUCGCCCUGGAGGAGCUGAGACCCCUGUUGUCGUUGCUGAAGGUGUCUGGCAGGGAGGGGAACCUCAUUGCAGUAUUCCAGGAUGAGCACAGUCGAGUCCUCCAGCAGCUCCAGGCCUUCACCUUCUUCCCAGAGUCCCAGGCAGCUCCCAAGAAGCCUUUUGAAAGGAAGAGUGUGGAGCGGCAGUCUGCCCGGCGGCAGCCCCUUGUAGGCUUGCCUAGCUACCUCCUGCAGUCGGAUGACAUCCGAGCUGCCCUCCUGGCCCGCUAUCCCCCAGACAGUCUCUUCCAGGCGGAUCGCAAUUUCAAUGCUGCCCAAGACCUGGAUGUCUCACUGCUGGAAGGAGACAUUGUGGGUGUCAUCAAGAAGAAGGACCCCAUGGGCAGCCAGAAUCGCUGGCUCAUAGACAAUGGGGUGACUAAGGGCUUUGUGUACAGCUCCUUUCUGAAGCCCUACAACCCGCGCCGCAGCCAGUCGGACGUCUCUGUGGGCAGCCACUCUUCCAAUGAGUCAGAGCACAGCAGCUCUUCUCCCCACAGCAACACCACACUGACCUUCAGCCCCAGUGGGGUGGCCGUCACCUUCACUCAGAAACCCCUGCAGGACUCAGCAUCCCCGGCAGACUCAUACCAGUCUGCACAGCCCCCUUCAGAGACAGACUCCCCCUCUGUGCCCCAGCCUGGCUCUGGUGACAGGACGGCUCCGCUGGAGGCUGGUACAGUGACAUCUCGGCGCCGCUACAGCCGCACCGAGCUGGGCUGCAGCCCUGGGUCUCGCAAUGGACACCCCGCUAAAGUGCAUCUCAGGCCUAUGCCCUCGGUGGAGGACAGAGACUCUGGGCUGGAGAGCGGCGAGUCAGAGGGCAAUCAGGUCUAUUACGCUCUCUACACCUUCAAAGGCCGAAACAGCAACGAGCUGAGCGUGUCAGCUAACCAGAGACUCAGGAUCCUGCAGUUUGAGGAUAUCACAGGCAAUCGGGAGUGGUGGCUGGCUGAGGCGCACGGGAAGCAGGGCUACGUGCCCUCCAGUUACAUCCGGAAGACAGAGUACACGUGA